AUGCCCUCGAGCAUUCGGCGAUACCCGCACCCUCUCAGUGACACCCUGCACCCCCUCAGCGCCACCCGCACCCCUCAGCGCCCCACAGCCCCUCAGCGACACCCGCACCGCCUCAGCCCCGCGCUCCUGCCUCGCACGGAGCACCCGGACCCCAAGGGCCCUCAGGCGGACCCGCCCGCCUGCGCGCGCCCCCGCGCACGCUCCCUCCAGCGCCCCUCGGGGACCGCGCGGGGCCGCGCACACAGACAGACACGCGGACACCGACACGCGGACACCGACACGCGAACCUGUGUGCACCUGUGGCCAUGCGUGUCCGCACUGACACACAUGGUGCGCCCACCCACGCCGCGCAAUGCCAUGUUCCCGAAUUCAUUAACUUCUUUAAUUUUCUUUCCAGCCACCAAAGUUCUUGGCACAGUGAAGUGGUUCAAUGUCAGAAAUGGAUAUGGCUUUAUCAACAGAAAUGAUACCAAAGAAGAUGUGUUUGUUCAUCAGACGGCGAUAAAGAAAAACAAUCCACGGAAGUACCUGCGCAGCGUUGGCGAUGGAGAGACUGUAGAGUUUGAUGUGGUGGAGGGAGAGAAGGGUGCAGAAGCAGCUAAUGUCACAGGCCCAAAUGGAGUCCCCGUGGAAGGCAGCCGCUACGCUGCAGACCGGCGCCGCUAUCGACGGGGCUACUUUGGCCGACGCCGGGGCCCACCUCGGAGUGGUGGUGAGGGAGACAUGAAGGAUGGGGUCACAGAAGGAGGACAACUUCAGCAAGUGCACAGGAAUCCUACCUACCGUCCCCGCUACCGCAGAGGGCCCCCUCGCCCACGCCCUGCCCCGGUGACAGGAGAGGCUGAAAACAAGGAGAACCAUCACGAGGCCAGCGCCAUGGGCCAGCAGCCGCUGCGCCGUGGCUACCGGCGCCCCUACAACUACCGGCGCCGGCCGCGCCCAGCCAGCGCCCCGGCACAGGAGGGCAAAGAGGCAAAGGCAACUGAAACACCUGCUGAAAAUCCUGCUCCAGUGACAGAGCAGAGUGGUGCUGAGUAAUGUCCGGCUCCCCAGGCACUUCUACCAUCGCUCAGGUGUCCUAAAGUACAGCUCAAAAGUAACACCAAAGAAACACACAAGCAAUAAAUUGUCAACAGUGAUGACUAAAGCAAAGAUUUGAAAUACCAAAACGUAAAAGAAAAUUUACCAGCAGCUGAGAUCCAGGGAACGCCUACAAGAUAGAUGUAUGAAGAGAGAAAGAGA